AUGUGCCUGGCAGAGAACAAAUUAGCCUUCACCAUGUAUAUGCUUACGGGAGAGGCGAAACAUUGGUGGAUCAGCAUGAAAUCCAUCAUGGAGAAGCGAGAGGAACCUGUUACUUGGGAAGCUUUCAGGGGGAAGUUUCUCUCUGAAUACUUUCCCGACAGCGUCAGGUAUGCCAAGGAGGUGGAGUUCCUCCAGCUAACACAAGGGGGCAAGAUGGUGGCAGAUUAUGCUGAGAAGUUCAAGCAUCUCAGCCGCUUCUAUACUUUGCCACUUGAUGAGGAGUGGAGAUGCCGCAUAUUUGAGAACAACCUUAGGGGAGACAUCCACUUGAUGAGGAAUAGAGGCAACAGGCCUCAGGCGACGGGUAGAGUCUACGCUGUGACAGGAGCAGAGGCUGCAGGUUCAGUCAAGGAAAGACAGCUGUUGGAUGGAAGUUUGAAUAGAGUCAGAGAGCAGCUUGGGUCAGAUGAAGCAAAAGAUUUUGCUUUGGGUAAUGAUGGAAUACUGAGAUUCCAGGGCAGGGAUCUCAAGGAAACCUUCUGGUGGAAGGGAAUGAAGAAGGAGGUAGCUCAACUUGUGUUCGCAUGUUUGACGUGUAAAAAAGCGAAGGUUGAACAUCAGAGACCCAGUGGGAUUCUACAGCCCUUGGAAAUAUCAGUGUGGAAAUGGAAUAACAUCUCCAUGGAUUUUGUGACCCAUUUGCCACGGACUUUCAGGGGGCAUGACACCAUUUGGGUUAUAGUGGAUCGGCUGACCAAGAGUGGUCAUUUCUUGGCGAUGAACUUGAGGAUGUCUAUUGCCAAAGUUGGCUCAGCUAUACAUUAA